CAGUCCAGCAAAGAUUACGGUAGUGACAUCGGCAAGCGACGACAUAUUGUGACGUCAAACGUGCGACCAGUAUUUAAUGCAGGCUGUUUCAUCAAAUUCACGGACGUAAACAAGCUAUUAUCUGACGAACUGUUGUGAUCAACGCCAUGUUCCAUGACAGUUCACAAAGAAAGUAUUGGACCUUUAACAACGAAGACGAGUUGGAACAGUUGCGAUCUGAAGCCAACCAGAAGUUCAGAAAGAAGAUAAGAGAAAGCGGGAAGCACGUGAUAAGUGAAUCCGUGUUCCUGAACCGUCACGAAGAAGAUGUUCUCUUCAGAAACUACGAGAGAACACUUCUGGACUUCUGCAAUGUCUUCAAACCUGCAAUGCCCAAAUCUGUUAUCGGUACGGCCAUCAUGUACUUCAGACGAUUCUACAUGAACAACUCUCUAAUGGAGUACCACCCAAGGAUUAUCAUGCUGACAUGUUCAUAUCUAGCCUGCAAGGUGGACGAGUUUAACGUAUCCAGCAGCCAGUUUGUGGGCAACCUUGUGCAAGAGAGUCCGGCCGAACAGGAACGCAUUUCAGAGCAGAUUCUGGAGUACGAGCUGCUGCUUGUCCAGCAAAUGAACUUCCACCUGGUGGUCCACAACCCCUACAGACCUCUGGAGGGGCUGCUCAUUGACCUCAAGACCAGAUAUCCUACCCUGGAGAACCCAGAGUCCCUGAGGAAGAGUGUGGAUGACUUUUUGGCGUAUGCGGCCAUGACCGACGCGGGGUUGCUUUUUUCCCCCUCACAGAUUGCACUCACUGCUAUUCUAAGCAGUGCAUCAAGAGCUGGCCUCAACAUAGAGAGCUAUCUGACUGAAUGCUUGGGGCUUAAGAAUGAGCAAGAAACGCUGUCCAAAAUGUACGACUCGAUGAGACGGAUCAAAAGCCUCCUGAAACGAUACGAACUUCCUAAACCGGACGAGGUGAAUGUGUGUAAGCAGAAACUGGCAAGGAUCCACGCGGAAUUUGGCUCAAACAACAAACGCAAGCGGGGCUACGAGGAGGAAGGCUACGUAGCAAAAGAGCCGCGAAUAGAAGAGGUGAGACCAUGUUCGACACGAUGGAUUCACAUGGUUCUAAAUCUGCUUUUUGUCUUUAAAUAUGUUUUUAAUCACAGGAAUGGACAGAUGAAGACCUCGUAUGACCUUUCGCCUUCAAACUGACCAAUCUAAAGACAUCAAAUGCAUUUACCGGUAGUGUUAUUGGUUUGCUUGCAUUGUGCGUUCCAAAUAAAAUGUAUUUUUAUA